AUUAGGAAUAAAGCAGCCCUCCGCAGCUCCCAAUUCUAACUCUGAAGAUUCCGAUCCCGCCCCACUCUUGCGUCUCCGCGUUGACGUUCUGCCCAGCGGGCGUGUCUACGGAAGGGCGUACCCGCGGAGGGGCGGUGCUUGCGCGCUGACGACUAAUCUGGAGGCCGGAAGCUGCCUCCGUCCACAGAGGAACAGACUAAUCCCUUGACUUCCGGCGGUAUUUUGAGGCGACUUUUGUGGUAGCUGGGUACUCUUCUCGUUGCUGUUUCUUACGCUCUACUCUCUCUUGGUUCUUUUUCUUCCCACGCCCCAGUGUCGCUUGACCCUGGCGAAGUGGCGGGCGGCUUCCGUUCUCAGCGAUCCCGGGGGCCCCUCGCUAGCCGAAGGCGGGUUCCUGGGAGCCGCGCACACACCUCCUUCUCGUGGUCGUCCUGUCGGGGCCGGGCGCGGGGACAGAGAGUCGCCUCCCCCGCUCCUCGGAGCGGUGGCGGUGGCGGCGCCUCCAGGCUGCGCGUGCGAAGGGAGCUCGUGGCGGAGUGAUAACUUAAACUACUUGGGACCUGGGAAUUGAGGAGUGCUGCUUCAUCCCAAUUAUGACUACUGUUUGAGAAACCCAACUGGCUGGUACUAGAUGCAGCCAUAGAAUAAAAUCCCUCAUCAACUUCAGAUAUCUCCAUCAGUUCCUCUUGACCUGUUAAAUCUGUAUUUCUUGGAGUGCAGCUAUAAAGUGCUCUGCUAAAACUGCACUCUGCCAGGACUUCCCUGUAACCUUGACGUGAUACCUGGAUGCUGUGCCAUUUCAGAGCAAGGUCUGACACUGCGGGAUUCUGAGAAAAGACGAGGGCACAUCUUUACUUCAUUGCAGUUCUUACCUAACUUGGAAGACUCAGCAGUAGCUGGAAGUAAGAUUCCUGGGACAAUCACUGUAAGUACAAAAUGUCAAAAAUUAGAAGGAAGGUCACAGUGGAAAAUACCAAGACCAUAUCUGAUAGCACAUCCCGAAGACCCAGUGUAUUUGAAAGACUUGGACCCAGUACUGGAAGUACAGCAGAGACACAGUGCCGUAACUGGCUGAAGACUGGCAACUGCCUCUAUGGAAACACAUGUAGAUUUGUACAUGGCCCAUCACCCCGUGGUAAAGGCUAUAGCAGUAAUUACAGAAGGUCACCAGAAAGACCUACAGGGGAUCUUAGAGAAAGAAUGAAGAACAAGCGCCAAGAUGUGGACACUGAGCCCCAGAAAAGAAGCACAGAGGAGUCAUCCUCACCUCUUAGGGUAGGAGUAAGUAUCCUCAAGAAAGAAUCUUCAAGAGGGAGACAUAGGGAAAAGGAAGACAUAAAAAUCACUAAGGAGAGAACUCCAGAAAGCGAAGAGGAGAAUGUAGAAUGGGAAACUAAUAGAGAUGAUUCUGACAAUGGAGAUAUUAAUUAUGAUUACGUUCAUGAAUUGUCAUUGGAAAUGAAGCGUCAGAAGAUUCAGAGGGAAUUAAUGAAGCUUGAACAAGAAAACAUGGAGAAGAGAGAAGAAAUUAUCAUUAAAAAGGAGGUUUCACCAGAAAUGGUUAGAUCAAAAUUGUCUCCAUCACCUUCUCUAAGGAAGUCUAGCAAAUCUCCAAAGCGAAAAUCAAGCCCCAAGUCAUCGUCUUCAACUAGCAAGAAAGAUAGGAAGACAUCUGUAGUAUCUUCUCCGCUGUUGGAGCAGCAGAGGAAUUCCAAGAGCAACCAAAGUAAAAAGAAAGGACCUCGUACUCCUAGUCCACCCCCACCCAUACAGGAAGAUAUUGCUCUUGGGAAAAAAUAUAAAGAAAAGUAUAAAAUAAAAGACAGGAUAGAAGAAAAACCAAGAGAAGGAAAAGACAGAGGACGUGACUUUGAAAGACAAAGAGAAAAAAGAGACAAGCCAAGCUUAGGAGUUCUUGCCCGUAACAGUGGAUUGUCUUCUAUCAGCCACCGCGUCAGGUCCACUUCUCCGAUGGGGCAGCAUCACUCUCCUAUAUCUUCCAGACAUCACUCAUCUUCCUCACAGUCAGGAUCAUCAAUUCAAAGGCAUUCUCCUUCUCCUCGUCGGAAAAGAACUCCUUCACCAUCCUACCAGCGGACAGUAACUCCACCCUUACGGCGCUCUGCUUCUCCUUAUCCCACACAUUCUUUGUCUUCUCCUCAGAGAAAGCAAAGUCCUCCGAGACAUCGCUCUCCAAUGCGAGAGAAAGGGAGGCAUGAUCAUGAACGAACUUCCCAGUCUCACGAUCGGCGCCACGAAAGGAGGGAAGAGACAAGAAGCAAAAGGGAUAGAGAAAAGGACAUGAGAGAAGAACGAGAGUAUGAGCAGGAUCAGAGUUCUUCUAGAGACCACAGAGAUGACAGAGAACCUCGAGAUGGUCGGGAUCGGAGAGAUGCCAGAGACACUAGAGACCGAAGAGAAUUACGAGACUCCAGAGAUAUUCGGGACUCCAGGGAAAUGAGGGAUUAUAGCAGAGACAACAAAGAGAGUCGUGAUCCCAGGGAUUCCCGUUCCACACGUGACGCCCAUGACUACAGGGACCGUGACAGUCGAGAUCCUCAUCGGAAGGAGGACCUGUAUCAGGAAGAGUCCCGGAGCUAUGGCAGAAACCAUUUGAGAGAGGAAGGCUCUCGUACUGAAAUAAGGAAUGAUUCCAGAAAUGAGUCUCGAAGUGAAGUUAGGAAUGACCGGAUGGGCAGAAGUAGGGGGAGAGGUCCAGAGUUACCUGAAAAAGGAAGUCGAAGCACAAGAGGUUCCCAAAUUGAUAGUCACAGUAGCAGUGGCAACUACCAUGACAGCUGGGAAGCUCGAGGUAGUUACCCUGAAAGAGACAGCAGGGACCAAGCCCGGGAUUCUUCCUUUGAGAGGAGACAUGGAGAGAGAGACCGUCGUGACAACAGAGAGAGAGAUCAAAGACCAAGCUCACCAAUUCGACAUCAGGGAAGGAAUGACGAGCUUGAGCGUGAUGAAAGAAGAGAGGAACGAAGGAUAGACAGAGUGGAUGAUAGAAGAGAUGAAAGGGCUAGAGAGCGAGAUCGGGAGCGAGAGCGAGACAGGGAGCGGGAGAGAGAGAGAGAACGUGAACGGGAUCGGGAAAGAGAGAAGGAACGAGAACUAGAAAGAGAGCGUGCCAGGGAACGAGAAAGAGAAAGAGAAAAAGAGAGAGACCGAGAAAGAGAGCGAGAUCGUGACCAUGAUCGAGAGAGGGAAAGGGAGCGAGAGCGAGAGAGGGAAAAAGAACGAGAGCGAGAGAGAGAGGAGAGGGAGAGGGAGAGAGAGAGAGAACGAGAGAGGGAGAGAGAGAGAGAACGGGAACGAGAACGAGCAAGAGAAAGGGAUAAAGAACGAGAACGUCAGAGAGAGUGGGAAGACAAAGAUAAAGGACGAGAUGACCGCAGAGAAAAACGAGAAGAUCUCCGAGAAGAGAGGAAUCCAAGAGAUGGACAUGAUGAGAGAAAGUCAAAAAAGCGCUAUAGAAACGAAGGCAGUACUAGCCCUCGUCAGUCACCUAAACGCCGGCGUGAACAUUCUCCCGACAGUGACACCUACAACAGCGGAGAUGAUAAAAAUGAAAAACAUAGACUUCUGAGCCAGGUUGUACGACCUCAAGAAUCUCGUUCUCUCAGUCCAGCCCACCUUAUAGAAGACAGACAGGGUAGAUGGAAAGAAGAGGAUCGAAAACCAGAAAGAAAGGAGAGUUCAAGGCACUAUGAAGAUCAAGAACUCAGAGAGAAAGUUUCUUCUGUAGAUAAGAAGAGAGAACAGGCAGAAAUCAUGGAAAGUUCAAGAACACGUGUACAAGACCUUAUAGGACACCACCAGUCUGAAGAUAGAGAUACAUCUGAUCGAAUUUAUGAAGAAAACAAGAAAAAAGCAAAAAUUCAAAAGAAACCAAUUAAGAAAAAGAAAGACGAAGAUGUUGGAAUAGAGAGGGGUAACACAGAGAUAACAUCUGAAGAUGGUCAAGUAUUUUCACCAAAAAAAGGACAGAAGAAGAAAAGCAUUGAAAAAAAACAUAAAAGAUCUAAAGGUGAUUCUGAUGUUUCUGAUGAAGAAGCAGUCCAGCAAAGUAAGAAGAAGAGGGGCCCACGGACUCCCCCUAUAACAGCUAGAGAGGAAUUAGUUGCCGUGUCUAACGAUAAGGCUGUCACCUUAGAGGACCUCCACAGAAAAGAAGAUACGGCGUUCAGUGACUGGUCUGACGAGGAUGUGCCUGACCGCACCGAGGGCGCAGAACUGGGACGUGCUGUCCCCGCUGCUGCUGCUGGCCCCUCUUCCACCCUGCCUUCUCUUCUUCCUCCGCCACCCCCUGUGGCUGCUACCCCUGCUGCUCUGGCCACUGCUGGUGCUGCCACCGCCACCUCCUUUGCCACAUCGGCCUCUGCUGUUCCCACCUCUGCCGCCUCCACCGCUCUCACCAAUGAAGAAUCACACAGAAAAUGCCACAGAGCACGAGCAGAUAAAGUAGAGACGCCUCAUGUUACCAUUGAGGAUGCACCACAUCGCAAGCUAGUGGAUCAGAAGAGGAGUAGCAGCCUUGGGAGCAAUCGGAGCAACCGUAGCCACACCUCAGGCCGCCUGCGCUCCCCAUCCAAUGAUUCCGCCCAUCGAAGCGGAGAUGAUCAAAGUGGGCGAAAGAGGGUACUGCAUAGUAGCUCACGAGACCGGGAAAAAACAAAAAGCCUGGAAAUCACAGGAGAGAGAAAGUCCAGGAUUGAUCAGUUAAAGCGUGGAGAACCUAGUCGAAGCACUUCUUCAGAUCGCCAGGAUUCAAGAAGCCAUAGUUCAAGAAGAAGUUCUCCUGAGUCAGAUCGGCAGGUCCAUUCAAGAUCCGGGUCAUUUGAUGGCAGAGACAGACUUCAAGAACGUGAUAGAUAUGAACAUGAAAGAGACCGCGGGAGAGAUACAAGGCAGAGAGAAUGGGACCGAGAUGCUGAUAAAGAGUGGCCCCGGAACAGGGACCGAGACAGAUUGCGGGAACGAGAGCGAGAACGAGACAAAAGGAGAGAGUCGGACAGGGAAAGAGAGAGGUUAAUUCCUGAUUCUCUUGACAGGGACAGGGACAGAGACAGAGACAGAGACAGAACUUUUGAGAAUUCUUCGCAAAUAGAGUCUGUAAAACGCGGUGAAAUAAAACUAGAGAGUGAACAUGAAAGAGACAUAGAAGGCACUUCCCGAGACUUGAUGGCUUUGGAUAAAGAAAGAAUGGACAAAGAUCUGGGAUCUGUGCAGGGAUUUGAAGAUAUAAAUAAAGCUGAGAGAACUGAGAGUGUGGAAGGAGAUGAAGAAUCCAAGUUAGAUGAUGCACAUUCAUUAGGAUCUGGUGCUGAAGGAUAUGAGCCGAUCAGUGAUGAUGAACUAGAUGAAAUUCUGGCAGGUGAUGCUGAAAAGAGGGAGGAUCAACAGGAUGAUGAGAAGAUGCCAGAUCCAUUAGAUGUGAUAGAUGUGGAUUGGUCUGGUCUUAUGCCAAAGCAUCCAAAAGAACCACGAGAGCCUGGGGCCGCACUCUUAAAAUUCACACCUGGAGCUGUUAUGCUGAGAGUUGGAAUUUCUAAAAAGUUGGCAGGUUCUGAACUAUUUGCCAAAGUCAAAGAAACAUGUCAGAGACUUGUAGAGAAACCCAAAGAUGCCGACAGUCUUUUUGAACAUGAAUUGGGGGCUCUCAACAUGGCGGCAUUACUACGAAAAGAAGAGCGAGCAAGUCUUCUUAGUAAUCUUGGACCAUGUUGUAAAGCAUUAUGCUUCAGACGGGAUUCUGCAAUCCGUAAGCAGCUUGUUAAAAAUGAGAAGGGCACUGUGAAACAAGCUUACACAAAUGCUCCAGUGGUAGACAAUGAGUUAUUACGACUGAGUCUUCGACUAUUUAAGCGGAAAACUACUUGCCAUGCCCCAGGACAUGAAACGACUGAGGAUAAUAAGCUCUCACAGUCCAGUAUCCAACAGGAAGUGUGUGUGUCUUAAGACUGAAGCUCAGUAUGACAUUUUUGGUACUAUCUUUCUUCCACAGUGCAUAUUCUAUUUCAGCAUUGUUUGUUUUGACAAGCAUUAUUAGUGACAAUAGCAGAAAAGAUUUCUCAGCCCUGCUGGAAGAGUGGAGAAGAAGAAUUUGGAUCUAAAGUUUAAAGACAACAGUUUUGGCUAAUUUAAGAUUUUACGUAAGUUUUACACAGUACUUGGUACCCAUACAAAAUAAUGUGAAAGGUCUAGAUUUAGUAGUUUUUCUCCAUACCUUUUGUUAAAACUGAAGAUUUCAGAAAAUGGUUGUCACUGCUCUUCCAGUCUACAAAUACUUUUAUGAAAUAGAGCCACUGAUUUAUGUUCUGUAUCAUCCAUUCAUAAACUAUGGUUUUAUUCAAAAACAAUGUGCUCAUCAAAGUAACUGCACCCUCUGCAGUACUGUGUUGUACAGAGCAUUUAAAAGAGAACAUUGGUGUAGUAUGGUGUGUUUGUAGGCAGAUAUCUAGCAAAAGAGAGUGAAAACUUUUUUCCUUUUGAAAGUUCGAAAAUAAUUGCUUAAUGGGUCUUUGUUUUUUGUUUUGUUUUUAAAUGUGCAUUAGUUCAGUGUAUAUUGGAUGUAUUUAGAUUCGAAGUGUUUUUUGGUGUUAUCACAGAGACUCCUGUUUUUAUUUUUAAUAAAUGUACUUUCCAUUUCCUUA